CACAGGUGUUGUCUCGAAAUGUAAACAAGGACGACCGCUCAGCUGUGAAUAAUUGGGAAAAGCUUCCCCACUGGCAUGGGGUUCGAGGGCAGGUGUCGAAUUUCAUCCGCUUUCGUCUGAGUCGGCGGCGAAUAAUGUACCGGGGCUCGUGUGCGGUCAUUACGGGCGCCAACACAGGCCUCGGCAAGGAAACGGCUAGGCAGCUCUUAUUAAAAGGUGUUAGAGUUAUCAUGGCGUGUCGCAACUCAGAAAAAACCAAAUUUGCGGUUCAGGAGCUGCAAAUGACUAAGUGCGAGGACGGCGGGGCCGCGCAGGUGGAGCACGUCGAGUUAAAUCUGGCCUCUUUGUCAUCGGUGAAGCAGUGCGCUGACCGGGUGCUCAACAAAGGGCUGCCCAUUAAUUUGCUCAUAAACAAUGCAGGAGUAAUGGCCUGCCCAUUUUCGCUUACGGAGGACGGCAUUGAAAUGCAGUUCGGAGUAAACCACGUGGGACACUUCCUAUUAAGCAAAUUGUUGCUGCCGCAAUUAAUGCACUCGGCUCCUUCCAGGGUCGUUACGGUUUCCAGCCACGCGCACUACUUUGCCGGCAGAAUAAACUUGGAGGAUCUGCAGUCGGAGAACUCAUCGUACCAGCCCUUCCAAGCUUACGCUCAAAGUAAACUGGCGAACGUUUUGUUCAGCAAGGAGCUGGGACGCAGGAUGCAGGGUGAAGGAGUACGAUCGUAUGCGGUGCACCCAGGUCUCGUUUCCACAGAACUCGGCCGGCACAUGCAUAACAAGGAGCGGAGGAGCCUCGGCCGCGCAAUCAUUUCGGCACUCAGCAAAUCUGCGUCUCAAGGGGCACACACCACAGUCUAUUGCGCGCUCGAACCCAAGCUCGCCCAGAACACUGGUUGCUAUUACAGCAACUGCCGUCAAAUGCUGACGUCGCCGCUCGCGUGGGGACAAAAUGCAGGAAGGAAGUUGUGGAGAGAAACAGAGAAACUACUGCAGCAGCAAUCGUGACAAGGAAAUGAUCGUGUUGCCGUAACAAUCUCACACUGAUCAUUUAAAAAUCACAAGAAUAAUUCGUUCCCAGUCAAAAUUAAUGUAGAGAAUCAGAUAGAAGCAGAGAUUUAUUCCACGAAUCUCAAAGUUCAACAGGUCUCUUUAGCAAGAGUGAAAAACUCAACUUACCAUCUUCCUUCUCGCUGUCGGCCCGGUUAACCACGCGCCUGUUGGACGGGUGCAUCGCCCCCAUGGUUGUUGGCCGUUCGGGAACGGGCGGCGAGAGCGAAAGGGUGGCAGAGAGUGCGUUCAGCUGAGCGGCACGGCCAUCUCCGUGCGUACGACCCUUGCGCCUCCAACCACCAGACUGACUGCCAGCUGAACUCGCGGUGCACAACAUUUCACGCGCACUUUAAAUCGCUGCUGACGCCCCUCCCUGUUCCUGCGCUCUCAGUUUGUUGAUUUUGCGGGGCGACGAUGGCCGUAGCCACCCUUGCCCGCUCGCUCGCCGCUUCAGCCCCCAACCACACCUCAGGCUUGUCAAAUUUCCCUCGUGAUCGAUUGUUUUUCUCAUUAUUGCCUUCUCUGAUGAAAGUGUUGGCAAUUCUUCAACUGGAUGAAAUAGUCUCUAAUUAUUGUCUAACAAAUUAAAAUGCUACACACCAU